CGCUCAGCUGACUCGCGGUCGCUCACUCAAGCUGUCAUGGCUUCUGUAAACGCUCGUGUGUUGUUGCUGUUCGUAGUCUCGGCGUUGAGCUGCUUCGCGGUUGUAUCAUCUCAAUCAUUUGAGAUUGAUUAUAAAAACGACUGUUUUCUGAAGGAUGGCAGACCUUUCCACUACAUCUCAGGCAGCAUACAUUAUAAUCGCAUCCCCAGUUACUACUGGAAAGACCGAUUGCUGAAGAUGUUCAUGGCAGGAUUAAAUGCCAUACAGAUUUAUGUACCUUGGAACUACCAUGAGACUGUACAAAACCAGUACAACUUCAAAGGGGACAGGGAUUUAGAGCAUUUUCUACAGCUGGCCAAUGAUAUCGGACUACUGGUAAUUUUAAGACCAGGUCCGUAUAUUUGUGCUGAGUGGGAAAUGGGUGGCUUACCUGCCUGGUUACUUAAGAAAAAAGAUAUUUUGCUUCGCACUAUGGAUGCUGAUUACAUUGCAGCUGUUGACCGUUGGAUGGGUGAACUUCUUCCAAGGAUCAAGCCUUUUCUGUAUCAAAAUGGUGGCCCUAUUAUUACAGUUCAGGUAGAAAAUGAGUAUGGUAGCUACUUUGCUUGUGAUUUCAAUUAUCUUCGGCAUCUCAUGAAGCUUUUCCGUUCUCAUUUGGGAGAAGAGGUGGUGUUGUUCACUACUGACGGGGCGGGUCUGGGUUAUCUGAAGUGUGGAACUCUGCAGGGCCUUUAUGCCACAGUGGACUUUGGGCCAGGUGGCAAUGUUACCUCACAGUUCAUGGUACAAAGGCAUGCUGAACCUAACGGACCAUUGGUGAAUUCCGAAUUCUACACAGGCUGGUUAGACCAUUGGGGUGAAGCCCACUCAAUUGUCAACAAAGACGUCAUAGUGAAAUCUCUGAAUGAAAUCCUGCUGCAUGGAGCCAACGUCAACUUGUAUAUGUUUAUAGGAGGAACAAACUUUGGUUAUUGGAAUGGUGCAAAUUCACCAUUUGCUUCCCAACCCACAAGCUAUGACUAUGAUUCUCCUCUUUCCGAAGCAGGUGAUCUGACUGAAAAAUAUUUUGCCAUACGUGAUGUUAUUAAAAUGUUCAAAGAUGUCCCUCAGGGUCCAGUACCUCCAUCAACACCCAAGUUUUCCUAUGGAGCUGUUCAAAUGAAGAAGCUUCAGACAGUCUCCUCAGCACUUGAUCUCAUAUCUUUCUCUGGACCAGUCAAAAGCAUCUUUCCUUUGACUUUCAUUGACCUGGAUCAGAAUUUUGGCUUCAUACUGUAUCGGACUCUACUGCCCAAAGACUACAUUAACCCUACUCCUUUGUCAUCACCAUUAAAUGGUAUUCAUGACCGGGCUUACAUAACAUUGGAUGGGGUGCCAGCUGGAAUUCUUGAGCGUGAUAAAAUUUUAUCCAUUAACAUAACUGGGAAAGCUGGUGGUCAGCUGGACAUUCUUGUAGAGAACAUGGGCAGAAUUAACUAUGGAAAAUACAUCAAUGACUUCAAGGGUCUUGUGUCCAAUUUAACCCUGGGAGCAGACAUAUUGACUGGCUGGAACAUCUAUACUUUGAACAUUGAUGAAGUAAUUGGCAGAGGUUUGCUAAAUAAAGCAGAAGAGCUGAACCACAGGUCGGUGGCACCUGCAAAUCUCACCAGCCCUGCUUUCUAUAGGGGUAGUUUUGAAAUUCCCAGUGGAAUCCCUGAUCUUCCUCAGGAUACUUACAUCCAGUUUCCUGAGUGGCGGAAGGGCCAAGUCUGGAUUAAUGGCUUUAAUCUUGGCCGAUACUGGCCCGCCCGGGGACCUCAGAUUACUUUAUAUGUGCCGGCUCAUAUUCUGAGCACUUCUGCACCCAACAACGUUACUGUGCUGGAGUUGGAAAGGUCACCAUGUGAAUACGGACCUUGUGUCGUGGAGUUUGUGUCAACACCAAUCCUGAAUGCAACCGUCCCUCACUCCACUAAACACAAACACCUUUACGUUAAAGACUUUGUAUAAGGAGACUGAAACAAUUCACCUCAGGAUGUUUAUUUUUGAUAUAUAUAUAUUUUUUUUUACAAUUAACAAUCAUAUUGUGAAAAAAUCUAAAAUCCAAGCAAGGUGAGCAGUCUUUACACUUUUGUGUAUUUUAAAUUGCACUUGUUAAUUCGCACUGAUGCACAUCCAGCUCUGCUGUAAAAAAAAAUGAAAUUGUAUAUGGAGAAAAGCAGAUCUUUCAUGAGAAGUCCUUACAAAAAAGUUGAAAUUGACUUUUAAUUAGAAAAUGCAAUAUCAAUGCUGCUUUUUAAUUGCAUAAAGACUAAAUUAAUUCAACUGCAUAUAAGUUCUUGUGAGAAUGAUGGUAUAUUAUAAAUCUGGGGAAUGUUGUGCCAUUUCAAAAAAACCAUUGUAAUGUCAAAACGAAUCACAAGAGUGUCUCUUAUCCCUUGAUAGUGAAAGUGUUUUCUGAUUAAUGUUGACCAGUACUUCACAAUUCAUGAGCAGUUAAUUUUUAUGAGAUGUCAGUAUUGAGUUAUCUGCAGAUUAUUAUGCCGUGUCUGGUACUAGAGUGGUGUCGUUAAAUCUUGUAUCAAGGCGGAUGGCAGAUGUCGAGUGUUCUCCCAGUCACACUGGUUUCUCUGUACAGCAAUGGACCAUUGCACGUGGUGUUGUAAAGGAGUUCAAACAGGUGCACAAAGUAGCUGAGGUCCCGCUUUAUCCGCUUAUGAUGAAUACACACAUAAAGUGCAUUCAGAAAAUAUGUAAACCACUGCACUUUUUACUUAUUUUGUUACAUAAAUCAGCCAUACCCUAAAAAAAGUUCAAA